AUGGGUAAAAAAGCUUCAUUGUUGGCCUCGUCCAAGGCGGUCGACCCCCACCUGCAGGCUCUCUUCGCCUCGAGUGCUGGCCCCGUUUCCGCUCCUCCCGCGUCGAGAUAUCAUAAACUUCGAGAAAACAAGCCCAACUCUGCGUCGGAUGACGAAGAUUCUGGUGACGACGAAGUGCUGUCCGAAGCCAGCGACGAGCUCAACUACGAAGAUGAUGAGGAGAAGGAAGAAGAGGACGACAAUAGCUCCGAAAAGGAUGAGCCUGAGGAGGAUGCUGAGGAAGAGUCCAGUGUUGAAGAGGAAGCCGAGGCGGUCGCUGAGCCUCGCAAAGAGCGCAAGCGCAAGCGCAAAGACGACAAUGAAGAUUUAGAAACAAACUAUCUUGCCAGUCUGACCCAGGACGAUGAGGAAAAGCCUUCUGGAAAGCGCAUAAAGGCCAAGGGCUCAAAGGCGGGCUCCGACUCUGAUGACAGCGAUGUCGAUGAUGACAAGGAAGAACUCCCCACACACGAGUCUCUCAGCAAAGAGGCCAAGGCCGCCGAGACCGACAAGGCCGCCAGAACCGUCUUUUUGGCAAACGUUUCCGCAGAGGCUGUCUCUUCGAAAGCUGCCAAGAAGCAACUGCUCGCGCAUCUCUCUACUGCUCUCGACAAGGACGACGCCGCCGUCCAAAAAGUUGAGUCUAUUCGCUUCCGUUCCGUCGCCUUUUCCACGGGCUCCAUGCCGAAGCGCGCCGCCUACAUUACCAAGUCGGUCAUGGAAGCUACCACCCACUCUACAAACGCCUAUGUCGUCUUCUCCACCGCCGCCGCUGCCCGUCGCGUGUGUCAGCAGCUCAACGGCACCGAGGUGCUCGGGCGCCACAUCCGCGUCGACAAUGUCGCCCACCCGAGCCCGACGGACCACCGCCGCUGCAUCUUUGUCGGCAACCUCGGCUUCGUCGACGACGAGACCAUGCUCAACACCAACAAGGACGGCGAGCAGGAAACCAAGAAGCGCAACAAGGUGCCCUCUGAUAUCGAAGAGGGUCUGUGGCGUACAUUCUCCAAGCACGGCAAGGUAGAAAACGUGCGUGUUCCUCGAGACCCUCAUACCCGUGUGGGCAAAGGUUUUGCCUAUGUUCAGUUCUACGACGGUAACACUGUGGAAGAGGCACUGCUUGCCGACGGCAAGAGCUUCCCUCCCAUGCUCCCCCGCAAACUCCGCGUCACUCGCGCCAAGGAUCCCCGCAAGACGAACCAGGCAAUUGAACGCACCAAGUCCAAGUUUAACAGCAACAGCAAGGGCAGCGAGCGCAAGGGCAAGAUAUCUAAGAAGGGCGUUUCGACCUACGUGCCCAAGGUCACGCCUGAGCAGCAAGCCGCCGCGGGCCGCGCCGCCAAGCUCUUUGGCCGCGCCCGCGGAGGCGCGUACGGAAACGGCAACGCCCUGCCCAGCGGCGUCAAGGCGCCUGAGAGGAUUGUCUUUGAGGGUCGUCGUGCGUCGUCUAGGGAUGCCCUCCCCAAGGACCUUAAGAAGAAGGUCAAGACCAAGCGCGCCCGACCCACGACGAGAAGCGCUCGCCGUGGCAACGACUGGAAGAAGAAGUCUGACAAAUAA